AUGAAGUACGUCCAAACUGAUCAAAUCUUAGACAUCCCAGAAGAUGUUACCGUUGACAUCAAGGCUAGAGUUGUUAAAGUCACCGGUCCAAGAGGUGAAUUGACUAAGGACUUGAAACACAUUGACGUUACCUUCAACAAGAUCUCCAACAGAGCCAUCAAGAUCACUGUCCACAAUGGUGACAGAAAACACGUUGCUGCUUUGAGAACUGUCAAAUCUUUGAUUGCCAACUUAAUCACUGGUGUCACUAAGGGUUACAAAUACAAGAUGAGAUUUGUCUAUGCGCAUUUCCCAAUCAAUGUCAACAUUAUUGACAAAGAUGGUGCUAAAUUUGUUGAAAUCAGAAACUUUUUGGGUGAAAAGAGAGUUAGACACAUCAAGAUUCAAGAAGGUGUCACUAUGGAAUUGUCCUCUACCCAAAAGGAUGAAUUGGUUGUCACUGGUAACUCAUUGGAAGCCGUUUCACAAAACUGUGCUGAUAUCCAACAAAUCUGUCGUGUCAGAAACAAGGAUAUCCGUAAGUUCUUGGAUGGUAUCUAUGUUUCCGAGAGAGGAACCAUUGUUCAAGAUAUCUAA